UCCUCCUCCCCCCAAAGGGCUGUCUCUCCUCUCCCACAAAUUGGGCGCCGCCUGGGCCAGCCGCACUCCCAAAGCCCGACCGAGAGGCAACCAUCGGGGCCAGCAAGCGGGGGAUCGCGGCUUCCAGAACAAAACCCCAAAGAGAGAGAGAAAGGGAGAGAGAUUGGGAGGGAGAGGGAGAGCUUCCCCUCCUUGAUCCCACCCUCCCCGGCCCCCACCCCCUUGGCCUCCUCGGAAGAGCCAAAGCCACCUCCUUCCCUCCUUAGUUGGGCUCUUUCCCGGGAGCCUCGUGUCCCCUUCAUCGGGGUCUCUCUCUCUCUCUUUCUCUUUCCCUCAGCUCCCUCUCUCUCUCCCAGACCCCUUCCUUCCCCCUUUCCUUCCCUUCUCCCCUCCUUUCCUCCCACCUUCCUCCUCUUCCUCCGCCGGAUCGGAUGCUGUAGAGGCGCCGGCCCAGCCUCGGGGUCCCGUCUAUGGAAAUAGUGGGGUGCCGAGCCGAAGGCAACGCGUGUCCCUUCCGCCCGCCAGCCAUGCUUUUCCACGGCAUCUCCGGGGGCCACAUCCAGGGCAUCAUGGAGGAGAUGGAGCGGAGGUCCAAGACCGAGUCCCGCCUGGCCAAGGCCGCCGCCGGGCAGAUCAACGGCCGCGAAGCGAGCAUGCCCCCCUUGAGCCCCGAGAAGCCGGCCUUGUGCGCUGGCUGCGGAGGGAAGAUCUCGGACCGCUAUUACCUGCUGGCGGUGGACAAGCAGUGGCACCUCCGCUGCCUCAAGUGCUGCGAAUGCAAGCUGGCCCUGGAGUCGGAGCUCACCUGCUUCGCCAAGGACGGCAGCAUCUACUGCAAGGAGGACUACUACAGGUUCUCGGUGCAGCGCUGUGCCCGGUGCCACCUGGGCAUCUCGGCCUCGGAGAUGGUGAUGCGGGCGCGGGAGUCGGUCUACCACCUGAGCUGCUUCACCUGCACCACCUGCCACAAGACCCUCACCACCGGAGACCACUUCGGCAUGAAGGACAGCCUGGUCUACUGCCGGGCCCACUUCGAGAGCCUCCUCCAGCAGGGCACCGCCGAGCCCCCCGCUUACCCAGGCCCCCCGCCGCUCAGCUACACCGAGAUGGCCGCCAAGGGAGCCGGCCUGGCAUUGCCCUACUUCAAUGGCACUGCCAACGCCGCCUCCGGGCCUGGCACCGUCCAGAAGGGACGCCCUAGGAAGAGGAAGAGCCCGGCCCUCGGCGUCGACCUCGUCGCUUACAACGCAGGUUGUAAUGAGAAUGAGGCAGACCAUUUGGACAGAGACCAGCAGCCUUAUCCCCCAUCUCAGAAGACCAAGCGCAUGCGCACUUCAUUUAAACACCACCAGCUCCGUACCAUGAAGUCCUAUUUUGCCAUUAACCACAACCCAGAUGCUAAGGACCUCAAGCAGCUUGCCCAGAAGACAGGCUUAACUAAGAGAGUUCUGCAGGGAGAACAAAUCUUGGGGCAUUACAGCCAAACAUCCCGACGUUUGAAAAUUCCCUAAAGUAUUAAAAGAAGGGGAAAAGUUUGAUCGGAAAUCCACUGCAGUGAAGACAAAGACAAUAUUAGGUUAUGAUAAACCAUACAUUUAAAAUUUAUUGAGCCAAAAAUAAUUUUUAAAAAAUAGACUCAAUGUCAUUUCCUGAAUGUUAACACAACAUAUGUUAUUUGACGGUGUCUCACUAAAAACCUGAAGGCUGUGUAUGACAUCAGAGCAACCUGGCAGUACUACCCAGUCCAAAUUGAGAAGAUUCUUCUUUUUAUUUUAUUUAAACCCACAUUUGUCAAGCAAAAAUACCUGUAAAAUAAGAUCCAAAAAUUGAAUUCAUUCAUCCUGCUUGCCAAUGUGUAUUAGUCAUAUAUGUUCAAAUGCAUUUUUGUAAAUUCAGAGAAGAACAUUCUCAUACAUUCAAGGUAGUAGGGAUCAAGUUUAGUAUUAUUUGUUUCUGACUUUAAAAAAAAAAUUAAAGCAAUCUGCAUGCACUUUUUCAUCUGUCACCUAGAGUGUACUUUUUCUGUAUGAUGCAUUUCGCUUUGAUGUUUCUUGUACAGUAGUUUCAUUAAUAAACAUUUUACUUGAUGCAAAUCUAGUUAAUACAGACAUAACUGUUGAAAUUAAUUUAAUGUUUUUCAAAACAAAAAUGAUGCAACCAAUGCAUUCCCCUCCCACCCAUGUUUUGUAGAACAAAUGAAAAGAGGCCAUUGCACAAUGUAAAAUGACGUUUGGGGUAUUUUCCCUGCUUUGUAUUUCCUUUUUGUCUCCUCCCUUGCCCUUGUACAAUUGAUACAGAUAGUGAGUCACUAUCAAGGAUUAAGGCAUGAUCCAGCCAAUUUCAGUUUACAUUUUUCUCACUGAAACGAAGGAGUAAUUUUGUUGGAUUGUACCCUGAUGGCUUAAAAAUUAAGAUACAGAGUGCACUUCUUAACUAAUGUUUUAGGAUGCCAGUGGGUACUGGUUUUUUGCACUCCUGCUAAAAUAUUUGAUCCAUCAUUUUAGGAAGGCUUAAGCACUAAAGUAUAUUAUACCAUUAAUAAUAUUAGCUUAAUGAUCCCUAAUAGGUUUACAUGUUCACUAUGCAAUGAGUAAAAAAAAAAAUCACUUCAGGUUUUUGUUUGUGUUUAGAGAAACCUAAUUUGUUAAAGACCCAAUCUGUGCACCAUCCACAGCUGAAUUUCAGCUACCAAAGUUAAUGCGAUUCAUUCUUCAGAAAUGAAGGCCCUGUAGUUGUUAAAAGGCAAUUUUUCUUGUGGAAGACUUUGAAGAACUAUCGUCCUCUGAAGCUGUACAUCCAAAGCAUAUGUUAAUUUGUUUAACAGGCUUGCCAAAAAAAAGAAAAGGAAAGGAAAAACCCAUUUUCAUUUGAAAUUAAAUUUUAUUAUAUACAAAUGAACCCUAUGUAAACAAUGUAACUUUUAUGAAUAUGAACUGACAUUAAAAUAUUUCACUUAUGUGUGUAUGCUGAGCAUUUUGAAUGUCUUCUUAAACUCCUUCAGUUUUCUGAACAGUGGGAGGAAAAUCAGAAUGAAAACCAUUCCUUUCUUAACAACAUCGCACCAAAUUAACACAUAGAUGACUUCAGUAAUGGUCUGGACACCAGAAAGGAGACUGUUGCUGUUUGCAAUAAAAGUUCUCCAUUGCUGGUAGUCAUUAUGGGCAAAAUGUUUAGAGAAUGUUUUUACAAUGUGUUAUAAAAGUACUGUUGAAAAAGUGACUACAGUGAGCCUAAUCUA